GCUUCUUCUGCAUUAACUGGGCAAAAGGUAAACUGGGCGAACUCGGCGGUCGUGCCUGCAUUCCCAAGAAUUUCCCUCCUGCCUUGGAUCCCAGGUCCAUGCACCCACCGCAGCUUUAAUCCAUUCAUGCCAAACGGCUUGGUAACAGUCCUGACUUCUUCAUUGUUGUUUAACACAAAGACCUUUUCUCUUACUAACAUGCCCAUUCACCUGGACAUCAGUCGUUCGCUCUACUCAACGGUGUUUCUGCACACAAGUCACUCGCUACCAGCCACCGGUCACCCUCCCCGAGCCAGCCGACCGAACUAAGAUAAAGAAAACCCCGACUGGAGCGAUAAGCUCGAUCGACAUCCACGUCAUUUCCGCAGCAGUCACCAGCAAACCAACACCCAGCACAACCAGGAUAAUCAAGUUUGAUCACCUUACCUCAAAGCCUCACCCUCCUCUAAAAGUCUCUCCUCGUCACAGGCGGCUCUUUGCCGAUUCCACCCUGUGCUCCAACCUCACACAUCAUGAAGCCUUUUAGAAGAAGAAAUCUACUUUCUGUCGGCUUGUCGGUGCUGCUUGCCACCAACCAUGUCUCCGCACAAAUUGACCUAGACCUGCGAAACCCCGAAUCAAUCAAAGCAGCCGCCAAGAUUGCCGCCGAUGAGAUGGUAUCCUAUUAUACUGGAUAUUUACCAGGAGAUGUGCCAGGUAAUUUGCCUGCACCAUACUACUGGUGGGAAGCCGGUGCCAUGUUCGGUGCUUUGAUUGAUUAUUGGUAUUUCACCGGGGACGAUACUCAUAAUAAUAUCACAACUCAGGCCAUGUUACAUCAGGUCGGUCCCGACUGGGAUUUCAUGCCUCCCAACCAGACAAAGACUGAAGGCAAUGAUGACCAAGCAUUUUGGGCAAUGGCCGCUCUGUCUGCGGCGGAGAAUAAAUAUCCUAAUCCCCCUUCAGACGGUCCCCAGUGGCUUGCACUCGUCCAGGCUGUCUUCAAUCAACAAGCAGCUCGAUGGGACACCCAAACUUGUGCUGGUGGCCUGAAGUGGCAGAUCUUCCCCUUCAACAACGGCUACAAUUACAAGAACACCAUCUCCAAUGGAUGCUUCUUCAACAUGGGAGCACGCCUUGCUGUCUAUACCGGCAACGACACCUAUGCGGAAUGGGCCGAGAAAACCUGGGAGUGGACCGAAACGAUCGGCCUCAUGGACGCUAAUUACAACUUCUAUGACGGCAGUGAUGACAACCUGAACUGUACAGAGCUCGAUCACAUUCAAUGGACAUACAACGCUGGGACGUACCUUGUUGGUGCUGCCAACAUGUACAAUUUUACGGGUGGCGCCUCCGUCUGGGAAGAGAGGUUAACUGGGAUUAUUCAAAGAAUUGGCGAGGUGUUUGUGCGAGACGGCGUUCUUUUUGAGGUUGCUUGCGAGGACAUUGGAACAUGCAAUAUCGACCAGAGAUCUUUCAAGGCAUAUCUGGCCCGAUGGAUGGCAGCAACUGCCGUCAGAGCACCAUUCACCUAUCCGAUGCUGAAACCACUGCUGGAAACUUCAGCUAUGGCUGCAGCUAGCACUUGCCAUGGUGGCGAAAGUGGCACGCAAUGUGGGUUGAAAUGGACACAGGGCAGCUUUGAUGGAUGGACAGGCGUGGGUGAACAGAUGUCGGCCCUUGAAGUAUUCCAGUCCAAUCUCAUCGACUAUGCAGAAGGUCCAGUCACUGAAGUUUCCGGUGGAACGAGUCCAGGGGACCCUUCCAGUGGUACCACGAGCGACGUUGGUCCGGCAGAUCUUCACAGGGAUGCGAUGACGACUGCCGACAAAGCCGGUGCCGCCAUUCUCACCGUCCUGGUAUCCUUCCUGGUCAUUGGCAGUGCGUGGUGGAUGGUGGUAUAAGGCAACUAGCCAUAUGACGGGUCAACUCAUGAUUCGCAUUGUUGGGCGCGGGUGUGGAGGUUUCAUGAUUCACGAGUUGUGCCAUUAGCAGCAGCAUUGGCGGCGUUGCACACUUUACAGCCUAGACCCAAGCGGGAGGCUUGUUUUGAUUCGAGAGGAAAUCCUGGCGUUUAAACAUGGCUUCCACGAGACAAUGGUCACUGCGUACGGGGAAUCUCCAGAUGACCCAGAACUCCAGACUGCUGUGCAGGAACGAGGGAUAGAAUGGCGGAGUUCUAGCUUGCAGCAUGUUAACGUACAAAUUGAAUGCUGCUUCGAUGCCCCCAAA